AUUUUUCCCCCAAAUUCCUCCGAUCUCAUCAAGUGGAUUCUCCAAAUUUAUUUUAUUUUUUAGUUUGACAUACAAUUCGAUUUAUUUUCUAUUCAAUUCGUUCUAUCCUCUUUCGUCUGACGCCUCUCUUCUCGGAAUUCUAUUGAUUCCAAAAAUUCUAGGGUUUCACUGUGAAUCCGUCGAUGCGUUAGAUUUAUUCAUCGAAAUUAUUUUGCAUUUUUUUGGAUUUAUUAUAUAGAAUUGAUUUUGAAACCCUAAUUUUAUCCGGAGAUUUUCGGACACCUAGGGUUUGCGUAUUCUUGGGGAUUGUUCAAUCUCAAAGCUCCUCGGAUCUGCGAAUUGAUUUAGGGUUUUGAGAAUGGGGAUUAAACGUCCUUUUGAAGAGGGAGAUUUUCCAGAGACCUCUUUCAGGCAACCUAAACGACAGGAUUAUGCCAGAAAGUUAACCUUAAAUGCAGAAGAAUAUCACAUAGCGACUCUGGCAGUUCAAUCCCCUGGUGAAGCAAAGAGCAUGUUUUAUCAGAUGCAUUUUGAGCAGCUUGAAGAUGGCGACAGUGAUAAUGCUUUUGUGCCUGACAAGGAACUGGAAGCAAGUACGCCCUUGUCUUUGGUCACCAGUAGCAGCAGCGAGGAAGAUGUUGUGAUUGAGGGCACCUCUAGCUGGUCUUGUUUUCCUGGAUACUGA